GAGCAAGACGGCAAAGGUGGAGGAAAGUCGCAGCAGCAAGCGGCAGCAACAGAUCAGUCGCAAGACGGCAAAGCUGCAGGCAAGCCGCAGGAGCAAGACGGCAAAGGUGGAGGAAAGUCGCAGCAGCAAGCGGCAGCAACAGAUCAGUCGCAAGACGGCAAAGCUGCAGGCAAUCCGCAGGAGCAAGACGGCAAAGGUGGAGGAAAGUCGCAGCAGCAAGCGGCAGCAGCAGAUCAAGGCAAGUCGCAGCAGCCUGCGUCAACAUAUGAUCCAGCCCAGUGGGUAGACUUUGGUAAAGCAGGUACAGCAGGCAAGCAUCCAGCUCAUGAAAGGAAGGUGUGGUGGGACGCACAGAAGGAACAACAGCAGAGCAGAGCAGCAGAAAAAGAAAAAAAGCCUGUCGCGAAAGCCAGCAACGGCCUGGCACAAGCCCCACCGAGCGACUGGGCAAAGCAGCAGUGGGCAGUCAUCCGCCGAAUGUUUUACGAGGCUCCUGCCGUAGCCGACGUCCUCCUUCGGCUGGGGGUUGACGGGGCGGCCUUCAACGCUGUCCUGAACGUCCAGCUGCACCCCUCGCCAAGGGGGAAGGCCUACGUGGCCGAGCUGUGCGACAAGCUCGUAAAGGAGGACAACGAGAUCGACAACCCGAGCAGCUACCUGAUGAGGUGGCAGCAGGAGAAGACUCGACUUCUCAGUUGGCAGGAGUCGGGCUCUUGGGACGAGGCAGAGAGCAAGUAUCUCUGUCAUAGUUAG